AUAGUGCAGUGUAACUUGGUUCCUUUGAUAGUCAUGCAGUUUUUUAUUCAGUAGGAUAGAAAUAAAUCCGGAGAGGUGUUUUUGUUUAUUAGUUCGGGUAGUUACUUCCGAGCAGCGCGCGCACACUGACUUCCUGCACUGCUGUUUUGUGUUAAUAUUAUUUAAAGACUAAAGGCGCAGGAUUUUGUUUAUUUUCGCCUUAUUUGUCGCUAGAAUUAGAGAUAGCACCACAUUUCUGCUUCUUCUCUCCUUUCAGGCGCUGAUUGUUUUCUUCACGCAGGAGUUUCCUCCCGCUUCCCAGAGAUCAUGGCGGCUGGCACACACUCUCCUGGAGGGCCCAGUGGAAUCAUUCGGAGUCAGUCGUUUGCUGGCUUCAGCACGCUGCAGGAGAGACGCUCACGGUGUAACUCAUUUAUAGGGAACUCGGUAGCACAGAAGAAGUCACUCACAAAGCCCAAGAAGCCCCAUCUGUGUGGGCACAAGUCCAGCAGCAGCAGCAGCAGCUCACAUGAACCACAGCCUAAGAGAGUGGAGGAGGUGUAUGGAGCCCUGAAACAGGGCCUGGAUGAGUACUUGGAAGUGCACCAGGCAGAGCUGGACAAACUCACCUCUCUCAUGAAGGACAUGAAGAGGAACUCCAGACUGGGAGUGCUGUACGAUCUUGACAAGCAAAUUAAGACAAUUGAGAGAUAUAUACGACGCCUGGAGUUCCACAUAAGUAAGGUGGAUGAGUUAUAUGAGGGCUUCUGUAUUCAAAGGAGGCUACGAGAUGGCGCCAGUAAAAUGAAGCAAGCCUUCACUGCUUCACCUUCUACUAAAGGGACACGAGAGAGCCUGACUGAGGUCAACCGGCGCUACAAAGAAUACACAGAGAACAUGAGCACAUUUGAGGGGGAGCUGGAGAACCUGUUGGGAGAAUUCCAUAUCAAAAUGAAAGGUUUGGCUGGCUUUGCGAGGCUUUGUCCAGGCGAUCAGUAUGAGAUUUUCAUGCGGUACGGACGGCAGCGCUGGAAGCUGAAAGGGAAAAUUGAGGCAAACUCCAGGCAGAGCUGGGAUGGAGAGGAGAUGAUCUUUAUGCCUCUAAUCACAGAUCUCAUCUCCAUAAAGGUAACCGAGCUGAAGGGGCUUGCUACUCAUGUCCUGGUGGGCAGUGUGAUCUGUGAGACCAAGGACCUAUUCACUGCCAUGCCUCAGGUGGUGGCUGUGGACGUCAAUGACCUGGGCACCAUCAAACUGAACCUAGAGGUCACCUGGUUUCCAUUUGAUGUGGAGGACCUGACCCUGUCCUCGGGUAACGUGAGCAAAGCUACUGCCCUGCAGAGACGAGUGUCAGUGUACAGCCAGGGCACGCCUGAGACCCCCACCUUCCAAGAUGCAACAUUCUUUUCCACAUUGCCUGAUGAUGUUUUCGAAAAUGGCGGCUGUGGUGUAGCCGAGUGCAAGCGCCUGUCCUUCACCUUCUCCGAUACACCAGCUUCUAGCCCAGCUCCUGGCCAAUCACAUCCUGAGAUCACUGUAACACCUCCUGAAAGUGACCAACCACCUCAGCUUCCUGCCUUAGAUCAGCCUGGUGAGGAAGAGGAUGGUGAGGAAGAGGAGGAGAGCACCAGUGUAAGUGCCAGCCUUGCAAGCGCCAGUGAGGCAGAAUCAGAGCGCGAGUGGGAGCGAGUGGAGUGUCAGCAUGGGUAUGAGUCCACAGCACCCUCGCUCUCCUCAGAAGGCCAGGUCUCAGCUGUGGGGCCAGAGGAUGUUGUAUUCCUGGAGCCUGGCAGCCAUGAUGAGAGCUCAGAGCUGAAGCCAGUGGAGCUGGAUGGGGAGGAGGGCAGUCUGACCAGGCAGCUGGUACGGAGGCUCACUUCCUCUGAUAUCCUGCCUGAACCAACUACUCUGAGCUGGGCUGGAGAGAGCAGCCUGGAGGAGGCCAUCCACAGCCUGCUAAUGAAGCUGGAGAGCGUGGCCCAGCGCUGCCGAGAGCUUCAGGACCUCGAACAGGAAGUGAUGAAGCUGGAGGACCUGCUCAAGGGUUUAACAGCUGUUGUGUCUCCUCAGUGCCGAGGUCCUGCUCACAGGAGUCGCUCCUCGAGUCUCAGCGUGACUGUGGAGAUUGCUCUAGAGAGUUUUGACUUCCUCAACACCUCAGACUUUGAUGACGAAGACACUGGGGAUGACAACACCGCUGUCUCACGCUCUGUAUUCUUCGACAUGGAGACUGAAAGGAUCGGGCCAAGUCGGCAUCCAGAGGCCCGAGGUCAUCUGAGUGAAGCCCUGACAGAGGACACAGGUGUGGGUAACAGUGUGGCGGGGAGCCCCCUGCCACUUAGCACAGGCAAUGACAGUCUGGAUAUGGCCAUCGUUAUUCAUUUGCAAUACUGCAACCAUCUCAUUCAGAUGUUGACUUUAGGAGGAAGCACAUGGCAGAAUAAGGCCUAUCUGAACAAACUUUCUGUCCAAACUGAGUUGCUUGAGGAGUUAACAGAGAACAGCAUAGAGUGGCUGGGAAGCAUCAGCUCAGCUGCUGAGGUGCUGCCUGGGCUGGCAGAGCGGUCAGCGCUGCUGUCAAUGUGGUGUGAGUGUGCUGGUUCGGGAAGCCUGUUUCACAGUACAGUGGAGCGAGUCCUCAAACACAUGCAGCAACGCUUCACUGCACCACUGCAGGAGACUCACCCUCACAGCACAGACCUGGUGAUCAGGCUGGUGGUGGCUGAAAUGAUGGACAGGAAUGAGCUCGCCUCCACCCCUUCCUUUCUGUCACAAGACGUUUUGACAGUGUUCCAGUUUUACAGCUACGCCACCAAGCACAAUGUCAUAGACAUGGACCAACACCUGCUGGAGGUGGCCAGAGAGGCUGCAUUUGCGGAGAGUUUGAGCUCUGCUGAUGCUGAGUGCUCUGUAAAGGAGUUGCAGGAAAUGUCCAUCACUGCCCUCCAGCCCCGUACACACACGCUGCGUGUUCUCGCUGGCCUCCUGACCUCUGAUAACCCUGACCUCAGCAAAGCUGCCUCUGCCUUUCUCUCUAACGCUGCCUCACAUCCACUUUUUAGGUCAAAGGCAGUGCAUUGCUACACACAAGCCUUAUCAGAAGCAGGUGCACAUGCACAGAGAGCUGCUUGUCUUGCUCUGAGCUGUCUGCAGGCUGUGGAGAGCAUCAAAGCGGUUGUGGCACUGUGUGACUCUGCCGAUGAGGAGCUCCGCCAUAUUGCCAUACAGACCCUCCUCACCUUCGGUGAGGAGGGUCGGCUGGCAUACGAGCAGUUGGACACAGUGCCAAGGGAGAUGGUGCGACUGGGUACACGUCGUGGCACUGCCGUCACCACUGCCUUCUGAGAGCAGCAAGUACAAAAGCCCACAUUACCGUUCCUGUGUCCAGCUGUCCCACUUAUCGGGGGCACGAGAGUGUCCAGGCAUUAAGAACUGAGGCACUGUUCCCCUCAAAGCCACUCUGUACCAGGGCCUGAUGCAUAGAUCACUUCAAGCAGUAGUUAUCAUUUUUAUGAUGAUCACACAUUAUUAUUGAUGCUCUUUCUGACUACCGUUUAAUUAUUGGUUGGUACUAGUUGAGGUUCCUGACCUUGCACUUGUCAGAGGCCUGUACAUAUAGCACAUUGUUGACGUAUCGUGUGGCAUAUCCUACCUGAACUACCUGAGACUUGUGCUUUUCAGCUUCAGGGAUUCUGAGGGACGUGUUUAAUCUAACCCUCAUAAUUACUCAGAGUGUAUAUGUGAGUAAGUAAGUCCUAACUGUUAUGCUUGGCUCUACACCAUGUGGAUGCUAAUAACAGAAGCACAUAUCUGUUUAUCCAAACCUCACAUAACGUUCGUUUUGCUUUGCAGUGCCACCAAUCAGCAUCACACAAAGCUGUCUUGUUUGGAAUAAUGAACAGUAGGGUGGUGACAUGGUGGUCUGCCACUAGUGACUGAAGAGGCAAGCUUCUUCAGUGUAAUCCUGCAGAUUAAGUAUUGCAUUAAUAUGGUACGAAUGCUCUGGUGAAUGGCAAGAACAGAUAGAUGUGUGUAUGUGCGUGCGUGUGUGUAUGUUAAAAUGCACUUUUUGGUAUCUCAAGUAAGAAGUCUUAAUGGAUUUACUGUGAAUUUGAUGUUAAGCUUCAAAGAAGACUGAAAGUACAGUGCUCCGUGAUCCAACUCGCUUCUGUGCCUAGUGUAACUGUACUACUGAGUCUCAUUUUUAACUGUGAUUUUAACUCAUCUUUUCAUCACUUUAUUUAUUUUUUUUUUAAUUACAUCCAUGUAGCUUUUACUUUUUAAUCAUAAAAUUGUAUUGUAUCCACAAUAUACUAAAUAUUUUACUUUCUUUGGUAUUUGUGAUUACUCCCUGCAACCACACACAGUGUCACAUUUUGAUGUGUUAAUACUGUAGACCUUUAAGUUGUUUUAUUGAUCACUUGAUAUUGUAUUAUCUUUGAGAGUACUGGAGUACCAGUGUGCUUAGUAAGCACUGAAAAUAUUUGUUUUUAGUGUCUAUAUUAGCCUGUUAUUUUGUCAUCGGUCACUUCACAAAUUUCUAAAGCCAUAAUUCACACAAGAACAAUAUAUAACUGGCUUAUUUUGUAAUCUGUAUCACAGAGCUUUGUACAGUUGGCCUAUUUUUCCAUAUUAGAUAAUUUUUUUGUUGUGUCCAAUCUGAGUUCUAUUUCCAUAGUAUUUUUGGACUUGGCCAUCAAGGAACCAAUUUAACACCAGUCUCCAAGGGAUUUCUUUUGUAUAUAGAGUUCAUGUGAGUUGUGUAAUGAACAUUAUUCAAAUCCAAGCUUACACAAACCUAGACCUAAACCUCAUUUUUAAAUUUUCAUUAACAAAUCCCUGAAGUUCUGUUAAAUAUUUUAGUAUUAUUUUUCAUUCCUGGUUUGAGAUUAAUACAUUUUGGUUAGCAGGGUAGAGGAGUGCUGUAUAAAACAGCUUUAGCACAACUUGGAUUUGAAUGAAUGCAGUACUCUGGCUCUCAAACCUAUUGUAUAAUAUCUCCAUUCACUUUUGUGUUUAUAAUAUUCCACUGUCUGCUGCAAUAAAGUUUAUUUUUGGAUAAUGUUA